AUGAGUGCACGGCCAGCUACAGCCGGCACUCGCACGAAGAAGCAAAAUCACGCAAACAUACCAUGCCCCAUUGAAGACUGCGCUCGCUUUACAUAUGGGAAACUUCCAGAUCAUUUGACCAAGAUUCAUGGCUUAACUGGGGCAGAAAGAGAUGCUCUAAAUGAACAGCAAAGAAAGAGAUUUUUCAAUGGCGAAUUAUGCCAAGUCCGAUUUUUGAAGGAGUCAGCUAUUCGAGAUCUUUGGGGUGCAGAUUACGAUGAUCCACGUAUUCGGGCGAAAAUUCAUCAAAGUUAUGCUCUUGUGAAAAUAAGGAUUAUACCACUGGCAGCCACACAACGUGCUCGGCCUCUGACAGAGCAAGACGCAAAUGUGCUUACAGCGUACAACGCAAGAACUGCCCCGCGUCCCACUCGAGUGCAAAGAUCUCGGGCUCGACCACGUCCAUAUUCAGUACCAGAAGCAAGUCCUGUCGAAAGCCGAGUUUCAAGUGAGUCAAGUGAAGAAGAAAACCCCCGUAACUCCUUGCCACCAUCACCUCCGCCUUCAUCCCCAUCAUUACCACCAUCUCCUGCACCUUACGAAUUACAGCCUGUAGAAACACGCUUACGAGAUAUAUUUGACUCUAAAAUCGACGCUGGUUACAAAGCUGUGAUUGAUGACAUGAAGAAGUCAAUGGCAAUGGGAAGAACACUCGGAACGCGUAAGAGGAAAGCGUAUCGCACAUAUCGGCGGUACGCUAAGCGUUUGAUCGCUUAUCUCCAUCGUCAACAUUCACCUCUCGCUUACGAUGUAGAUGUGUUGCUAUGUGGAGAAAGACAAGUGUGCGCUUUCUUAGAAAGAAUAAGCAAUGAACACAAAACAAAAACACUGCGAAAUUAUAUUGUGGCCGCGAUAAAAUUACUUGACUCACGGCUGUUUGCUAUAGAAACCGAUCCGUCGAGUAAAGAAAAAGUAGCGUCUAUGACUCGCGUGUAUGAGGUUUUGCACGGACGGCUUAACGCUUGCGAUCGAUUACUAUCACAAAAGGAGUCCACGUGCCAGAAGGAAACAACUCCAUUCGAUAGUGACCCUAUGGAUCAAACCUUCAACGAAAAUUACGACGAUUUGGUG